AUGUCGAUUCCUGCGCCCACAGUGGUUGACACCGAGGCUCCGAUCCGUCCGAAUCGGGCAAAUUGCAAUAACAAUGAUAGCAAUGACGACUUGCAAGAUACUGUCAUGGAGUCCUGGGAACCAAGGGACUAUCUAUACUAUCCUGUAAGGCCGGAGAUGAGCGUGCCUGGCGUGGAUGAGAAUUCGAUAGCGACUUCCUUUAAUCUCCAGAGCUUGCUUGGGUUUAUUGUUCCAGGAUUUGGACCUGAAUCGGUAGAUCGGAUCUCAGCAAUGUGA